CUCCGCUCCGGCUCCCGCGCCCAGUCAGUCGCCGUCCCCGUCUCCGCCCUGCUGGAGCGCUGCGCCCUCGCCAGUCCUCCGCGUCCCGCGCUCCUCUCCGGGAGCCCCUCGCGUGCUCCGAGGCGACGCCUCGCGUAUGCCGCGGCGCUGAGCGGCUCUCUUGAGUGACCGCCGACAUGAGCUGCAACGGCGGCUCCCACCCGCGGAUCAACACGCUGGGCCGCAUGACCCGCGCGGAGUCCGGUCCCGACCUGCGCUACGAGAUGACCUACAGCGGUGGCGGCGGCGGGGGUGGCGGGGGCGGCGGCGGCGGUGGCACCAGCAGGAUGUACUACUCCCGGCGCUGCACGGUCAACGACCAGAACUCCGACGGCUACUGUCAAACCGGCACCAUGUCCAGGCAUCAGAACCAGAACACCAUCCAAGAACUUCUGCAAAACUGCUCAGACUGUCUGAUGCGGGCGGAGCUGAUUGCGCAGCCGGAACUGAAAUUCGGAGAAGGAAUACAGCUGGCCUGGAACAGAGAGCUGGAUGACUGUUUCACACAAGCCAACGAUCAGAUGGAGAUCAUAGAUGGCUUGAUCCGGGAGAUGAGACAGAUGGGCCAGCCCUGUGAUGCAUAUCAGAAAAGACUGCUUCAGCUCCAGGAACAAAUGCGAGCCCUUUACAAGGCCAUCAGUGUUCCUCGAGUCCGAAGGGCCAGCUCCAAGGGAGGUGGAGGAUACACUUGCCAGAGCGGCUCUGGGUGGGAUGAGUUCACCAAACGUCUCACGAGCGAGUGUCUGGGCUGGAUGAGGCAGCAGAGGGCAGAAAUGGACCUGAUGGCCUGGGGUGUGGACUCUGGCGCAGUGGAACAGCAUAUCAACAGUCACCGGAGCAUCCACAACGCCAUCGGGGACUACCGCUGGCAGCUGGACAAGAUCAAAGCAGAUCUGCGUGAGAAGUCAGCAAUCUACCAGUUGGAGGAGGAAUAUGAAAACCUGCUGAAAGCCUCCUUCGAGAGGAUGGACCACCUGCGCCAGCUGCAGAAUAUCAUCCAGGCCACUUCUCGCGAGAUCAUGUGGAUCAAUGACUGCGAGGAGGAGGAGCUGCUGUAUGACUGGAGCGACAAGAACACAAACAUCGCUCAGAAGCAGGAGGCCUUCUCUAUACGUAUGAGUCAACUGGAGGUCAAAGAAAAGGAACUCAACAAGCUUAAACAAGAAAGUGACCAGCUUGUCCUCAACCAGCAUCCAGCCUCUGACAAAAUUGAGGCCUAUAUGGACACUCUUCAGACACAGUGGAGUUGGAUUCUGCAGAUCACCAAGUGCAUUGAUGUCCAUCUCAAAGAAAAUGCUGCCUACUUUCAGUUUUUUGAAGAGGCCCAGUCAACUGAAGCCUACCUGAAGGGCCUGCAGGACUCCAUCAGAAAGAAAUACCCCUGCGACAAGAACAUGCCCCUCCAGCACCUACUGGAGCAGAUCAAAGAGCUGGAGAAAGAACGGGAGAAGAUCCUGGAGUACAAGCGUCAGGUGCAGAACUUGGUAAACAAGUCCAAGAAGAUCGUGCAGCUGAAACCUCGGAACCCAGACUACAGGAGCAACAAGCCCAUUAUUCUCAGGGCUCUCUGCGACUACAAACAAGACCAGAAAAUUGUACACAAAGGGGAUGAGUGUAUCCUGAAGGACAACAGACGCAGCAAGUGGUACGUGACUGGCCCUGGAGGCGUCGACAUGCUCGUCCCUUCCGUGGGCCUGAUCAUCCCGCCCCCAAAACCCCUGGCUGUGGACCUUUCGUGCAAGAUUGAGCAGUACUAUGAAGCCAUCUUGGCUCUGUGGAACCAGCUCUACAUCAACAUGAAGAGCCUGGUGUCUUGGCACUACUGCAUGAUUGACAUUGAGAAGAUCAGAGCCAUGACUAUCUAUAAGCUGAAAACGAUGAGACAGGAAGAUUACAUGAAGACCAUUGAAGACCUUGAGCUCCAUUACCAAGAUUUCAUCAAAAACAGCCAAGGCUCGGAGAUGUUUGGAGACGAUGACAAACGGAGGAUGCAGUCUCAGUUCACUGAUGCCCAGAAACAUUACCAGACCCUGGUCAUUCAGCUUCCUGGCCACCCCCAGCACCAGACAGUCACCAAAACUGAAAUCACUCACCUGGGUACCUGCCAAGAUGUCAACCACAAUAAAGUGAUUGAAACCAACAGAGAAAAUGACAAACAGGAGACAUGGCUGCUGAUGGAACUGCAGAAGAUCCGCAGGCAGAUGGAGCAUUGUGAGGCCAGGAUGACGCUUAAAAAUCUCCUGCUCACAGACCAAGGCUCCACACACCACAUCACCGUGAAAAUCAAUGAGCUCAAGAGCGUACAGAACGACUCACAAGCCCUGGCCGAGGUUCUCAAUCAGCUUAAAGACAUGCUUGCCAACUUCCGAGGGUCUGAAAAAUACUGCUAUCUGCAGAAUGAGAUAUUUGGACUAUUUCAGAAGCUGGAGAAUAUCAACGGGGUCACAGAUGGCUACUUAAACAGCCUGUGCUCUGUGAGAGCCCUUCUCCAGGCUAUUCUGCAAACGGAAGACAUGCUGAAGGUCUAUGAAGCGAGGCUGACAGAGGAGGAAACUGUCUGUCUGGACCUGGAUAAAGUGGAGGCUUACCGCUGCGGGCUGAAG